GCGUCAUCGCCCGAGUGAACCGUCAUGUUCAUUUUAUGUCAAGCAAAGAAGUGAAAUAUGUAAGGGGGCUACAUUGUGUUGUGCAUUUACUAGAUGGCUGACAUUUCCGUAUAUCUAUAAAGAAAACAUCACAAGAAUUUUUAAAACGAAUGUAAAUAUUCCAAACACAAUAACAAAUGUAAAGGAUAUAAAUUUUCCAACAAAUACGGAAAUGUAUAAAGACGUCCAUUUUGCUUUUAUCUCCGGCGGACUAGCGGCAACUGGCAGUGCAUUUGGAAAGCUGUCGGGGUUGCCUGACUUCGAGGGCUACAUUUUAAUAAGGAUUAUAUUUUUCGCUCUGAUGUUAUCUACAAAUACUGCUUCUUUAACAUUUUUUGUUAAAGCCUUGCAAAAAAUUGCGUCAAUAAAUGCAACACUAAUCUCUUCGGCUACAAAUUAUAUUAUAACAGCUCUAUUUGGUUUCUUAAUUUUUAAGGAGACCACAUCGUUAUUAUGGUGGUUUGGCAUAUCUUUAAUAAUGAUCGGAUUAGUACUUAUAGUAUCUAAUACAACCAAAGAAGAUAGGAAGGGCAAGAAUGAAUAACAGUAUUAAAAAAUAAUAAUACUAUAGACUUGUUAAUGUUAUAAUAAAAUAGUUUUUAUACAAUCUUAUAAAAUAAAUACUAUUCAGAUUU